AUGUCUUCUAAAGUCCCAGCUAUUUAUCAAUUAGGUCAUUUACCUAUUAAAGAUCAUUGUUUCUCACCAGAUCGUUCAAUUUUAGCCAUUACAAAAGAUAAUGAAGUUGAAAUUUAUAAAAUUUCAACCAAUAAUCUUUCUUCAAAACCUCAAUUAAUUACAGUUUUGAAAGAUCAUGAUAAAACUGUUACUUCUGUUGAUAUUUCACCAGAUGGAUCUAGAAUUUUAACUUGUUCUCAAGAUAGAAAUGCUUUAGUUUGGGAAAAGGAUCCAACUACUGGUGAUUUCAAACCAACUUUGGUAUUAUUAAGAAUUAAUAGAUCAGCAACUUGUUGUAGAUGGGCACCAGAUGGUAGAAAAUUUGCUGUUGGAUCAAGUGAUAGAAUUAUUGCCAUUUGUUAUUAUGAAGAAGAAAAUGAUUGGUGGGUUUCUAAACAUUUAAAGAAACCUUUAAAAUCAACAAUUACUUCAAUUGAUUGGCAUCCAAAUGGAGUUUUAUUAGCUUGUGGAUCAACUGAUGGUCAUGUUAGAGUCUUUUCAGCUUAUAUUAAAGGAAUUGAUUCUAAACCUCAACCAAGUGUUUGGGGUACUAAAUUACCAUUCCAAACUUUAUGUGGAGAUUUUACUAAUGAAACUUCAGCUUGGAUUCAUGGAGUUAAAUUUAGUAAUGAUGGUGAUUCAUUAGGUUAUGUUUCUCAUGAUUCAAGUUUAGGAUUUAUUUAUCCUCAAGGAGAAGAAUUACCACCAAAAGCUAUUUUCAAUGUUAAAACUAAUUAUUUACCAUUUAAAAGUAUUGUUUGGUUAAAUGAUAAUCAAGUUUGUGUUGGUGGAUUUAAUUGUAAUUUGGUUGUUUUCAAAGGUGAUGAAAAUGGUUGGAAAGAAGAUUAUCAAGUUGAACAACAAAAGGAUUUAACUAAAGAGGCUGGACAUGAUCAUGUUGGUGAAAAUGGUGAUGAUGAUGAUGAUCAAGAAAUUUCAUCUCACCAAGCAUUGAAUAUGUUUAAACAAAUGGAUUUGAAAGGUAGAGUUAGUAAACCAAGUGCUGGUGGGAAAUCAGCCAAAGCAUUAAGUACUAUUCAUCAAAAUACAAUUAAUAGUAUUAGAAAUUUUGCCCCAGGUCAAGUUUCAACUUCUGGUCUUGAUGGUAAAGUUGUCAUCUUCAACGUUUAA